AUGCUCACUCAGAUUCAGUCGUUCCAAUUAGUUAGCGCAGGAAACAGCGAUGAUCGAUUCCGAAUUGGAGUAACCCUGUGGAAGAAGGGAGUUCGGCUUUAUGCCCCAUUUGACAAGGCCGACAUUUUGAUUUGCUCACCACUAGGUCUACGUCAAAUCACUGGAGCCGAGGGUGAGAGGAGGCGUGAGUUCGACUUCCUCUCAUCCAUCGAAGUAUGCAUCGUGGAUCGAGCAGACGUUCUCCGCAUGCAGAACUGGGAGCAUGUGCAGGAGGUGAUGCAGGUGGUAAAUCGGAAGCCACAAGGCCUGGAAGAGGGUUGA